AACCGAACCUCCAUCCGGCGCGGCGGAGUGCAGGGCCCUCCCGAACCCCGCGGUGGCUGCCCCACCUGUUGCGGGAUACGGUUCCUGCACCCAUCGAAGUGGGUCCUUGAAAAUCUCUUGCUACCUGUCCAGGGCGCGCUCGUCGCGGACGGCCUGUACUAUGAUGGUCGCCGCCGCGCUGCUGGCCUGCGCGAGGGCGGCGGCGCCGCAGGCGCGGAGCGCGUCCACGGGCCCCGGUUCCUUCGCUGGAAAGACCGCGCUCGUCACCGGCGCGGCGAGCGGCAUUGGCCUGCGAUGCGCGCAGCGGCUCGCCGAACGCGGCGCGCGCGUGGUUGGCGUCGUGUCGCGGGAGAGCCGCGUGCGAGCGUUCAAGGAGCACGUGGGAGACGGCCACCCCUGCGUCGUGGCAGACCUGUCGCAGGUGGCGGACGUGCGCCGCGCCGCGGCCGAGGCCGGCGACGUCGACGCGCUCGUGAACGCCGCCGGCGUCGGCGCCAUGGCGAGUUUUCUGGACGUGGAGACGGACGCCUUCGAUCAGUGCGUCGCCGUGAACUGCCGGGCGCCGCUCGUGCUCUCCCAGUGCGUCGCGAGGAACAUGAUCGCGAGGGGCGUUCCGGGAGCGGUCGUGCGCGGUGCGAACCAACCGUCGGAGCGACUUUGAACCGCUGUGGAUUUCCACACAGGUCGUACACGUGUCGUCGCAGUCCUCGUCCCAGGCCAUCCGCGACCGGUGCGCGUACAGUCUCACGAAGGCGGGCGUGGACUACCUCACCAAGUGCAUGGCGCUCGAGCUGGGGCCCCACGGCAUCCGAACGAAUUGCGUCAACCCGACCGUCGUGCUGACACCGCUCGGGCGCGCGGCGUGGGCCGACGCGGCGAAGCGCGACCCCAUGCUGGCGAGCAUCCCGCUGGGGCGCUUCGCCGAGGUCGACGACGUCGCCGACUGCGUUUUGUACCUCCUCUCGGACGCGGCCGCGAUGGUCAACGGCGUCUGCGUGCCGGUGGACGGCGGCUUCCUCGCGGCGCGCGCGCACCUCCCUUGACGCGCCCCUCCGUCGCCCGCCCUAAAUAAAAUAAAACUUGAACAAAUAAAGAAUUAAGGCAGG